AGAACCCCCUUUACAUUUCCAGCUGUAGCCAAAGCAUGCCUGACCCCUCCCACGUGGCCCCAUUCCCUACAACAACUAACUAAACCGUAGUCUAACUCAACCCUGGUUCAAAUUCUAACCCUCCUCCCAACUUUCUCUUUUUUUAGCGCUUCCUCUUCUUCCACGCAUUAUCUCAGACUCUGCUUCUUCACUGAGUUACCUCUGCCGAUCUCUUCGACGUUCACGAUGGGCGCAUUUCACCGACUCAACCUCUUCCUUUUUUCGCUCUCUCUAGUUGCUAUUGCAGCCAAUGCCCACAAUAUAACUGCCAUUCUCGAAGGUUUCCCAGAUUACUCUGUUUACAACAGCUUCCUCUCCCAAACAAAGCUGGCCGAUGAAAUCAACACCCGAGAAACAAUCACUUGCCUUGUCCUUAACAAUGGGGCUAUGUCUGCCCUUACAGCCAAACACCCCCUUUCCGUCGUCAAAAACAUCCUUAGCCUUCACAUUCUUCUAGAUUAUUAUGACCCACAAAAGCUCCACCAAAUCUCCAAAGGAACCACCCUCACUACCACUCUUUAUCAAACCACCGGAAAUGCCCCUGGAAACCUCGGGUUUGUCAACAUCACCGAUCUCCAAGGUGGAAAAGUUGGCUUUGGCUCCGCAAUUCCUGGCUCCAAACUCGACUCCUCUUACACCAAGUCCGUUAAGCAGAUUCCCUACAAUAUCUCUAUUAUCGAGAUCAGCGCUCCGAUUAUUGCUCCGGGAAUCUUAAAUGCUCCGGCCCCGUCGGCUUCUGGCGUCAACAUUACCGGUUUACUCGAGAAAGCCGGCUGCAAGACUUUUGCUAAUUUGCUAAUCAGUAGUGGAGUGCUUAAGACUUAUGAGUCAGCGCUUGAUAAAGGUUUGACCAUAUUUGCGCCGUCCGAUGAAGCUUUUAAAGCCGAAGGUGUCCCUGAUCUGAGCAAGCUCACCAAUGCCGAUCAAGUCUCGCUUCUAGAGUAUCACGCCUCUCCAGAUUACAAACCAAAGGGAACAUUGAAGACGACGAAAGAUCCGAUUAAAACAUUGGCGACUAACGGUGCUGGAAAGUUCGAUCUGACAGUUACGACCGCCGGCGACUCAGUCACGCUUCAUACCGGAGUUGGCCCAUCCAGAGUCGCCGAGGCGGUUUUUGACUCUCCACCAGUCGUCAUUUUCACGGUUGACAACGUCUUGCUUCCUUCCGAGUUGUUCGGCAAAUCGCCGUCGCCAGCACCUGCUCCGGAGCCAGUUUCUUCGCCUUCACCGACACCCUCUGUGUCUCCAAGUCCAUCUCCAGUGUCCGAAGCACCAUCACCACUAGCCGCUUCACCACCAGCUCCACCAACUGAAACUCCCGCCGGAUCUCCGGCUGAUUCGCCAGCUGGAUCCUCAGAGAACAGCACCUCGGAUAAUACUGCUGGUCACGUGAGUGCCCCGUUGUUGCGCACUAUUAUUUUCGCUGUCAUUUCCAUUUUCGUGUCGUCAUUUCUCUUGUCCUGAAUCGUAAUUAUGCCGGUCUGUUAAUUUGUUCUUUUUUAGUUUUUUUUUUUUUUGAAUUGUUGUUUUUAUUAGAGAGGGCUUUUUAUUUUUAAUUUAUUUUGGAUUUUAAUUUAAGAGGUCGGGUCGGGUCAAGGACGGAAGGUGAGAUUUUGAGAGCUAGCUGCGGACUUUGGCAGCAUCUGGGUGUGAAGAGGAAGAACGGUGUUUUUUUUUUUUUCUUUUUUUUGUUAAUUACAUUUUCUUAGUGUUUGUUUAUUUUUUUAUUUAUUUUGCUGUUGGAAUAAUCGGUUUCCAUUUAUCACAAAUCUAAAACUUAGCUGGAUUAGAUUAGAUUAAAUCUUGUAAGAAGACAUUAGAUUGUACUACGAUGGGCGAUGGCGGUGGGCUGGAAGCGAAUGGAUGGCAGGAUUGUCAGUUAGCGCACGUGGAAAGACUGUGGUGAUGGGCUCCACUUUUCAUUUCUGUAGGGACCGAACUUAUUUUAAAAAUCUGGUUUUCUUUUUUGGUUGUCCAUGUCCCCCAUGGUUACUAAUAUUUCCAGGUUCCUUUUUUUUUGUGCGGCGAAUAGAUUAGGCCACAAGCUGGAAAGCAAUAUUAUUUCUGGCAAAAUUAAGUAGUAGCUUUAUAAUUGGGAAAACAUUUUUAUUUUAUGUUGUGGGGGCGUCGUUACUGCAAGGCACAAGUGCUGUACUUGUGGAC